AUCACGAACGCUUUCCGAAUGCUAAAGCUCGGUGUAUAUAUCCACAGAAGGCACUCUCCUACGUCUACUUCCUGCGUCCACCUUCAUCUUGCAAUUACAUACUCCGCUUCCUUGACCUCGGAUAAUCGUUCGUGAAAGGAAUCGGCAGUUAUUCACUGAGAAUCGACAGGCGACUCACCUCUAACAUCACUCAUUAAUCUCACAAUGCCGGAAUCGAAGCCAUUGGGCAAAAUUGCCAUCAUUGGCGGUGGCAUCAGCGGCGCUACUCUCGCAAUUGCUCUACUUCAUCGCGGACUGGAUGUCAAUGUCUACGAACAAGCAGCUCACUUUGGCGAGAUUGGAGCAGGUGUCGCAUUCAACCCCGCCGCAGCAAGAGCAAUGAAGAUUUGCUCGCCAGACAUCUUUGAGGCUUUCGAGAAGGUAGCAACUCGUAAUCAAGGAGAGGACAAGCAGUCUGUAUGGUUCGACUGGGUGGAUGCCCACAACGACACAGAAGUUGGAAAGCAGGAAUAUGCUUUCAGCAUCAGCAAUGAAUUUGGAGCCAAUGCUGUGCACCGAGCACAUUUUCUGGAUGAGCUGGUUAAGCACGUUCCUGAUGGAGUUACCCAUUUCGGAAAACACCUGGAUACUAUUGAAGAGCUUCAGGAUGGAAAAUUGAGAAUGAAGUUCCAUGAUGGAACAGAUGCCACUGCUGAUGCAGUGAUCGGAUGUGAUGGCAUCAAGUCCAAGGUGCGAGCAUGGAUGAUGGGUGCUGAUCACCCCUGCAGCCCGCCAGUGUACACGCAUAAGUAUGCAUACCGUGGUCUGAUUCCCAUGGACAAGGCAAGAAAAGAGCUAGGUGACGACCUGGCGCAGAACGCUAAGAUGCACAUGGGUCAAGAUGGCCAUGUCUUGACAUUCCCAGUCAACAAGGGAGCGACCAUGAAUGUGGUGGCAUUCAAGGUCGACCCAGGACAGUGGCCAUCAGACACUAAGCUUACUCUGCCCUCCGAGAAAUCUCAUGUUCUCAAGGACUUCAAAGAUUUCGGCGCGACUGUCCACAAGAUCAUCGACAUGUUGGAGCCCAAUCUCGAUUGCUGGGCCAUCUACGAUACUGGAGAUCAUCCUAUGCCUUACUACAACAAAGGUCGCGUAGUUGUCGUCGGCGAUUCUGGCCAUGCUACAUCUCCUCACCACGGAGCAGGCGCGGGCAUGUGCAUAGAAGAUGCAGCAGUUAUGGCAGAGCUGCUGAACGAUCCUAGAGUCGCGGAGGCAGGCCACAAGGGCUUCGAUGCCGCUUUCCAGGCUUACAGCGAGCAGAGACUGGAGAGAACCCAAUGGCUCGUGCAGAGUUCUCGUCGUUCAGGAGACCUUUACGAAUGGAGAGCCGAGGGCGUUGGCAAGGAUUUCAAGAAGAUUGAGAACGAGUGUCGCGAGCGAGACGAGAAGCUGUGGAAUGGUCAAGUGAAAGAGUAUAUCGAAGAGGCCAAGUCGUUAUUGGGUAAACACUUGAAGCAGUAGGCAGUCGUCUUGUAACUCCAGAAUAACAUGUUUCCAAUAAUCUUCAAGUGCG